AUGGCUCCUGUUUUAACUCGGGUCAAGAAAGAGCAACUACGAAAGCGCCGUAACAACCUGCUUCGCCGCCACAAUGAAUUUUGGCUUUUGUAUGGGAUCAAAAGCUGGCUGGUUAUGGAGCUCCCAGACGGUCAAAUCGUUACGUACCAUUCUCACCCAAAUAGCCCUCCACCAUCAGCGGAAGAUAUGAGAAACCGCGCCAAGCCCCCAAUUGUCAAGACAUCUCGCGAUUACGAAACAACAAACCUUGGUCAACCAACGCAAAGCAUGCCCCGCUGUGUCGAUGCUCCAAUUCGAGAAAGCGGCAUAUGGGAGGAUCUGGCGCACUACCUGGACGAAUAUCGUCGUGCAAUCGUAUGA